AUGACCACACCUCCUUCUGCCAAAUCAAUAGAGCAGGCAUUUGAGAAGCAAAAAGCCAAGGGCAAAUAUCUCGAAGAAUCGGUCUCAUUACAAUUCCUCAACGAUCUAAAAGCCCAUAUAACCAAUCAAUCUCCAGAUAAGUUCAAAUCAAUAAUCUUAUUAUCCCAUGUCAUUAGAUCUUCAAAACCAAAUGAAUUGUUUGUUAAUGUGCUGGAUGAAACAUUGCUAAAUGGUAUACUAGGCUCAAUUACCAAAAGUACCACGGUGGAUUACAUUAUGGCUACAUUCCGGAUCUUAUUGAUUAUGUUGAAAGGUGAAAUAUUUAAUCAAGUUGAUCCUUCAGAGUAUCUAAAUCCAUUAUUGAGAUCUCUAAACUCAAAUUUAUUAUUCUUGGAUGUGCUAAGUACAAAAUUAUACACUGAAAAUGUUGAUUUGAUUCUAAAAUCUUUGGAAUUUAUCAAUGGUUAUUUCAGUAUCAAUCAUUAUCAGCUCUACAGUUUAAAUUAUUUGAUUAAAUAUUUCCUAAAAUUACAAAAAUCUGAAUAUUUCAUCAUAUUAAACAACAUUUUACAAGAUCAAAGAUUUAAACAAAUAUUAUCACCAAGUAUCAAGAAAUUGAAUGAAUCUUUAUUGAAAAUAUUAAACACUUUAAAUGAAAUUAAAGUGGAUCAACAUAAUAUUUUACAAUUAAGUAUGAUUGAAGAAACUUCAGAAUUUGCAAUGCAAAAAGACCAUCAAUCAUUCAUUAUCAACAAUUUCUCAAUUUUACAACUGAUUGAUUUUUAUUUUUUCUCACAAAGUUCAAAUAUCACAUUCAAAAAAUCAUUCCAUGAACAAAUGUUGUUUAAUAAUAAUAAAUCUGAAAUGUUCCCCUUAAUACCUGUUUCACAAAGAGUCACAACUUUAUUAUUGGCAAUUUUCCAAACUGAUCAAUCAACAAGUUUCCCAAUUUUGAAACAAUAUUUAUUCCUAAGAGAUUUAUUACAUUUUAAUAUAAUUUCAAAAUUUUUAGAAAUUUGGAAAGAAUCAGGUGCACAACAAGAUGAAUUGCAAAAUUUAUCACCAUUAGUGGAAAUUUUAUUAAAACAUUUGAACGAUGAAUUAAAUGAUGAAUUACAUGUUGUUGAUCAAAUUCUAACAAUUUUCAAAACAACAAAUUAUUCAAAAUUAAGAGAAAUUCAAUUAAACAAUUAUAAAAAUGAAAAUUUAUCAAAAGCAUCAUUAGAAAUUCAAUCUUUUGACAAGAUUUUAAAAAAUCAAGUUUUCGAAUUUAUCAAAAAUCAAAGAUUUUUACAAUUAUCCAAAGGUGCUUGGGUCUUUGCAGAUUUACCAACGUUCAACACAUCAGAUCAAUCAACAACUCCUGAUUCAAAUUUUUAUUUCAUGAUCCUUUCACCAAAUUUUAAAAAUUUAUUAUAUAAAGAGUAUAAAUUCAAAACUCAAAAUAUCCCAAAUAUUGAUAAGAUUGGCACACCAAUUCAAAUCAAUUCAAUUGCAAAUUUUAAAAUUGAAGAAAUUCAACAAGUUGAUCCAACAGCUAUAAGAACAAACCCUAGUGAAAGUUCAAGAUUGAUUAAUCUUGUUGGUAAGACUAUCAUCAACAAGAUAACUUUGAUUAAUAGAAAGGGAAAAGUGCUAUUUACAUUUUAUGCUAAAAAACAUGAUUCUUUCAAUUAUUUAGAUGGGUUGAAUUUAUUAUUAGGUCAUUAUGAUAAAUUAUCUGAUGAUUUGAAUUUCCAAAUUGAUAAAUUGUUUGAAAUUAGAAAGACUGUUCAAUUGUUGAAUUAUGAUGUUAAAAUUGAUAAUAACGUUGUUGAUGAUGAACAAAUUUAUGAUUUGGAAAAUUUAGAAAAAUUAUCUACAAAUUUUUAUUAUUCUUGA